UAGUGGGAGUGUUCGGACUUAUUUCACCUAACCUUAUAUUUUAAAUAACAUUUUUUUUUACAAAAGGACGAAAUAAAAUUGAAUUCCGUUUUUGCGAUGGCGCGGUCUCCGUCGUGUCGCUACGCCCGGAGUCGUUCGGAAACGUGCGGGUGUGAUAAUUCGUAAUUACUUAUGUUUAUUUUUUUAAACAAAACGCACUUGUCAAUAAAUUGACGGCAAUGUUUACCUGUGAUAUUUGAUACGUAAAAUCCGGGCGGCAAGAUGAAUUCUAGAGUGCCUUUGGCCCAAUCUUUUAUCAACAAUUCGCUGGCGAUUCGACAGGAAAUUCAACGAUUCGAGAGUGUCCAUCCGUCGAUAUACGCGAUUUACGAUCUAAUUGAUCUGAUACCCGAUGGACUUGUUGCCCAACAAAUUCGAGAUCACGUAGUUUGCAUAGAAGAUUCCUUCGUCAAUUCCCAAGAAUGGACGCUGUCGCGAUCAGUUCCAGACUUGCGCCUUGGAAUCGUCGGGUCAUUGUCGUCGGGCAAGUCGGCGCUCGUUCAUCGCUACCUGACCGGUUCUUACAUGCAAGAAGAAUCGCCGGAGGGCGGGCGAUUCAAAAAAGAGAUCCUGGUCGACAAUCAAAGCUACUUGCUGCUGAUCAGGGACGAAGGUGGCCCUCCCGAAUUGCAGUUUACAGCUUGGGUGGACGCUGUCAUUUUCGUGUUCAGUCUCGAAAACGAGUCUUCAUUCAACGCCAUAUACAAUUACUACACGAAAAUGUCCCAUUAUAGGAACACUGCCGAAAUCCCACUAAUUCUAGUUGGAACGCAAGACGCAAUCAGCGAAAACAACCCGCGCGUGAUCGACGAUUGCCGCGCGAGGAAAUUGGCGACAGACCUGAAGAGGUGUUCCUAUUACGAGACGUGCGCCACCUACGGACUGAACGUCGAGCGAGUGUUUCAGGAUGCGUGUCAAAAGAUUGUCCAGCAACGCCUCGCCCAGUCGACGAUCUGCCUGACGCCGACCAAUUCGAGACCUUCGACGCCGAACAACCACUACCACCCCGCCUCCAUCCAGCGACAUUUGGUCCAGGGCAAUAACGGGUACCAGCCAAUGGAUAGGCAAUCGCAACAGAUCCAUAUGUCGCCCGGUCACCACACGUUGCCCCACAACAAGGACCACGUCAAAGCUCAACAAGAGGCGAGGCACGCGUCCAAAGCCAUUCCCCACCAGACUUCCUCAGACAAAGAUUCGAGCAGCUACAAGUCGUGCGACGAAAAAUGGAACUCUUCCUCGUCUACUUUGGCCAGCGUCAAUUCCGGUCACGGCGUCGUCAUACAGACGGUUAUGACGGAAAAUAACAACGUCGCCAAGUUUGCGGCUCCUCACUCCCUGGAUAAUCUGCAGACCGCUCAGCAUCAACAAAACAGUUCCAAAGACUUAAAAGAUCUCCCCACGCCGAAUUCGACGCCCACCACUUCGCGCAAGAACAGGAGACGUUCCAACCUGUUUACCCCGUCCAAGAACGAUAAACUCAAGAACGGCGGCGACUUCGGUAGCGGCCGGGCCAUACCCCUCAAACAGGGCUACCUGUACAAAAAGUCUAACAAGCCGUUGAACAAAGAAUGGAAAAAGAAGUACGUGACGUUGUGCGACGACGGACAACUGACCUACCAUCCCAGCUUGCACGACUACAUGGACGAUGUCCACGGGAAGGAGAUCUCGCUACAGUACGUCACGGUGAAGGUGCCCGGCCAGAAGCCCAGGGGUUCGAAAUCGAUCGCCACCGUUUCGGGACAAGGGUAUAGCGGCAACGCGUUGCACGAAAAUUUGGGCGGAUUGUCCCUUUUGGGUAAGGACAAGCGCCCCACCGAGAAGGUUCUGCUCAGCGCUUUCGAAACGGUCAAAGAUCCCAGCUUCAAGUACUCGCAGGCGAGCGGUGACGAAGGCAUGACGUUGUCCAGUAGCAAUUCGUUUUUGAACGGAGAGAUCAGCAAGACGGAGACGCCGAGCGUGAAAAAGAGGCACCGCAGGGUGAAGAGUAGCGGCGUUAAAAACUCUGAAUAUGACGAUGCGGACGGCUAUGAAUUUUAUAUAGUCUCUUUAGAAGGCAAGCAGUGGCAUUUCGAGGCAUCCAGCUCGGAAGAACGUGACGAAUGGGUGUCCGCUAUCGAGCAGCAGAUUCUGAAUUCGUUGCAAUUGAACGAAUCGUCGAAAGCGAAGAGCAACCCGAACGAGGUGACGUCGAUACAAUCGAUUAAAACGAGAAUACCGGGCAACAAUUUUUGUGUCGACUGCGACGCGCCGAACCCCGACUGGGCGAGCCUUAAUCUGGGUGUGCUUAUGUGUAUCGAAUGUUCGGGGAUACAUAGGAACUUGGGAUCUCAUAUUUCUAGAGUCAGAUCGCUUAAUCUCGACGAAUGGCCUCCGGGACAUUUAAGCGUAAUGCUGGCAAUCGGCAACACACUAGCGAACUCCGUGUGGGAAUACCAGACCUAUAACAAAACGAAACCGAACCCGGGCUCUAGCAGGGAGGAGAGGGAGAGGUGGAUACGUUCGAAAUACGAAAACAAAGAGUUUUUGCCGCCACUGAACGGCACGAUGUCCGUCGGUCAGCAACUCAUAGACGCCGUCUGCGGGUCUAACAUCAAGAACAUCGUGCACGUGCUCGCGAUCGCGAACGCGCAGGAAGUAAACACCCACGUGGGCCCCAACGACCUGCGCACGCCGCUGCAUUUGGCCUGCGCUUUAGGAAACCUAGCGGUCGCCCAACUAUUAAUAUGGCACAACGCGGACGUGAAGGCCGUAGACCAAGACGGCCGGACUUGCUUGGCGUACGCGAAAGCGGCCGCCAGCAUAAACAUGGCGAAGUGCUCGUCGUCGAAGAGCGUGAACCAUGACGUGACGGUCGCCGCCAGCAAAAACCUCGUUGAAUUGUUGCUGUCGUACGGUUGUCCCGAGAUGGCCACAGUUUCGAUUAACAGUACCAUUCCGCGGAGGCGGGGCAGCCAGGCUUUGCCCCAAUUGGACAAGUUACCGUCUAGCGUAAUUUAACCGAAUGCGGGCGGUGACAAAGAUGAAACGACUGACAUAAUAUUGUAGGCGGAGGUUGCCAACUAGCUAUCGAGCGGUUGGUCAGGAGGCGAGCGAUUUGUCACUAGUGAGUGAUUCGUAAGUCAAUCGAAUCCCAUCCACAAAUUACCAAUCAGCUAUUUAAUUAAUUCUUUGUCGUUUGUCGUUGAACUUGCGGCUAUGCUCUUUUUAACUUAUGUGGUAAACUGCACGUCCCUGGGAGUUGGCAAUCUCGACGCAGAUUAUUUAUUUUAUGCAGAUGUACAAUCACGUAAUACUCUUAGGUAAAUGUUACGACGCACUCGUGUACUUAAACGAAACCUUUCGUGUCUAUUAUCGAGAUUUGCACUUUUUCACCGACUUAGCAAUUUUUAUAGUGGGUAUUUUGUAUUUAAAACGCAAAACGAAGGCGUGCUGAUAUUUUUCUUUGGUGUGUGAGUGUCAAGCGUUGCCCGUCGUCGGCUCAGAAUUGUUAUUCUUCCGUCUGACUCUAACUUUCGAUGUUAAACCUGUUUCGCUAUUCUGGUACGUUAUUUCUUGAGUCGACGAUACCAUUCGACCCCUAACUUUUAGAUGUCAGGUUAUGUCUCAGGACCUGUAUGUUCGUUUGUACGUGUACGUUCCAGUUUUAAAACCGUCGCGACUAUUGUUUUAGGCCUUUCGACGUCUUGUAAUUAUUUAUGUUUUUUUUUUUGUUAUGUUUAUCGUUACUUUUAUUUUUUGUAUAUAAUUUCGCCAAAGAAUUUGUACGUAUUAUUGUUUUGUAUAUAAUGCUAAAUUAUGUACAGAAAUUUAUAUAUGUUGUUCUUCCUUAAUAAAAAAAA